UUGCUUCAGUGCUGUGCCGCUCGUUCUCUAAGAGAGAGUGGAUCUCGCCGCUCCGGUGUGGUGGUUGUGUUGUGGUGUGGUGUUGCCCGUCCUCCUCCCUCUCUUGCUAGCGAUAGUUUUAUAACAGCCUUUUACUCCACGUAGUUUGGAGGUAAACGACAUGGAAUACCAGAACGACGAACAGAUUUAUAUGGAGCAGGAGGAAGAAUGGGAGCGCGAAGGGCUGUUAGACCCUGCCUGGGAGAAGCAGCAGAAAAAGACCUUCACCGCGUGGUGCAACUCCCACCUGCGCAAGGCCGGCACCCUCAUCGAGAGCAUUGAGGAGGAGUUCCGCAAUGGCCUCAAGCUCAUGCUGCUGCUCGAGGUCAUCUCGGGCGAGACCCUGCCCAGACCAGACAGGGGUAAGAUGAGGUUCCACAAGAUCGCCAACGUGAACAAGGCCCUGGACUUUAUUGCCAGCAAGGGGGUCAAGCUGGUUUCCAUUGGUGCUGAAGAAAUUGUUGAUGGCAACCUGAAGAUGACUCUCGGCAUGAUCUGGACGAUCAUCCUGAGGUUCGCCAUCCAGGACAUCAGUGUUGAAGAGAUGACUGCCAAGGAAGGUCUCCUCCUCUGGUGCCAGCGCAAGACUGCCCCUUACAAGAAUGUCAAUGUGCAGAACUUCCACACUUCCUUCAAGGAUGGUCUUGCCUUCUGUGCCCUCAUCCAUCGCCACAGGCCCGACCUGCUGGACUAUUCUCAGCUGUCCAAGGAUGAUCCCCUGCACAAUCUCAACCUUGCUUUUGACAUUGCUGAGAAGCACCUUGACAUCCCCAGGAUGUUGGACCCCGAUGAUCUGGUGAACACACCCAAGGCUGAUGAGCGCGCCAUCAUGACCUACGUGUCUUGCUACUACCAUGCCUUCCAGGGGGCCCAGCAGGCUGAGAUGGCUGCUAACCGCAUCUGCAAAGUGCUGAAGGUCAACCAGGAGAACGAGCGCCUCAUGGAGGAAUACGAACGCCUCACCUCCGACCUGCUGGAAUGGAUCCGUCGAACUCUGCCUUGGCUCCAGGCCCGCCAGCAGGAUAACACCCUAGCUGAUCUGCAGAAGAAGCUGGAAGAAUACCGUCUCUACCGCCGCAACCACAAGCCUCCACGUGUUGAGCAGAAGGCCAGGUUGGAGACCAACUUCAAUACCUUACAGACCAAGCUCCGUCUGUCCAACCGCCCUGCCUACCUUCCCUCUGAAGGCAAGAGUGUCACUGACAUUGCUAAUGCAUGGAAGAACCUUGAGGGAUGUGAAAAGUCCUUUGAAGAAUGGCUGCUCUCCGAGAUGAUGAGACUAGAGCGCCUUGAACAUCUGGCUAAGAAGUUCAAGCAUAAGGCCGAGAUCCAUGAGUCAUGGACUGCUGGAAAGGAGGAGAUGUUGCAGAGUCAGGACUUCAGACACUGCAAACUGAAUGAACUCAAAGCUCUUAAGAAGAAGCACGAGGCCUUUGAAUCUGAUCUUGCUGCUCAUCAGGACCGUGUAGAACAGAUUGCAGCCAUUGCCCAAGAGCUCAAUGCUUUGGACUACUAUGACUCUGCCACCAUCAACAGCCGCUGCCAGGCUAUCUGUGACCAGUGGGACCGCUUGGGAACCCUCACCACCUCCCGCAGGAAUGCCCUUGAGGAGACUGAGAAACUCCUUGAGAAGAUUGACCAGCUCCAUCUCGAGUUUGCCAAGAGGGCAGCUCCCUUCAACAACUGGCUGGAUGGUGCCUGUGAAGACCUUGUGGACAUGUUCAUUGUUCACACCAUUGAAGAAAUCCAGGGCUUGAUUGAUGCCCACAACCAGUUCAAGGCAACUCUGGGAGAAGCUGACAAGGAAUACCAGGCCAUCAUGUCUCUGGUGACUGAGGUUCAACACAUUGCCCAGCAGUACCAGAUUCCUGGUGGUCUGGACAACCCCUACACUACUCUCACCUCUCAGGUCAUCUCCAGCAAGUGGGGGGAGGUCAAGAAAUUGGUGCCUGCUCGUGACAACACACUCCAGGCUGAACUCCAGAAACAGCAGAACAAUGAGUCGCUGCGUCGCCAGUUCGCUGAGAAGGCUAAUGGCGUUGGUCCCUGGAUUGAGAAGCAGAUGGAUGCUGUUGCUGCCAUUGGCAUGGGCAUGCAUGGAUCUGUCCUUGAGGAUCAGCUUAACCGUCUGAAGGACUAUGAAGCAGCUGUCAUCGGAAACAAGGCCAUCAUGGAUGAGAUGGAGAAGAUUCACCAGGCUGUGCAAGAGUCCAUGAUCUUCGAAAACAGGUAUACCCAGUACACAAUGGAGACCCUCCGUGUGGGAUGGGAGCAACUCCUGACCUCCAUCAACCGCACUAUCAACGAGGUGGAGAACCAGAUCCUCACCAGGGAUUCCAAGGGUAUCAGCCAAGAGCAGCUCACAGAGUUCCGUUCAUCCUUCAAUCACUUCGACAAGAACAGGGGUGGCCGCCUUGCUCCAGAUGAGUUCAAAUCAUGCUUGAUAUCUCUGGGAUACUCCAUUGGCAAGGACCGCCAGGGCGAGAUUGACUUCCAGCGCAUUGUAAGCAUCGUUGAUCCUAACAGCACAGGAUUCAUUCAGUUUGAUGCCUUCCUGGACUUCAUGACCCGUGAGAAUGUGGACUCUGACACUGCUGAACAGGUUAUUGACUCCUUCAGGAUCUUGGCUGGUGACAAGCCAUACAUCCUUCCUGAAGAGCUGCAGCGUGAGCUUCCUCCAGACCAGGCUGAGUACUGUAUCCAGCGCAUGCAGCCUUACUCUGGUCCUGAUGCUCCUCCAGAGGCCCUCGACUACAUGUCCUUCUCCACCUCUCUCUAUGGCGAGUCCGACUUGUAAAUUGCGUGCACCAAUGAUCUCGGGGGGGUAAACCUCGCAAGCAAUCAACCUCGGGAGGGUAAACCAGCUGUCACGAAACCCUCUGUUCUGUUAAUCAAAGGUGGGGGGUGAAGUCAAACUAGAGGACAUGUAAUUUUUAAAUUAUUUUGAAUGGUGGACCAUCCUCUGUCAUCUGAAGGUUGACUACUACAGGAAAUAUGGACCCAAGAUUUAAAGUUUCAAGUGAUGACAAAAAGUAUAUAAAGUACUAUAUAAACAGUAUGUAUCCUGGUGAUACAUAGAGUAAAUUUGUAAAAUUUCGGGUCAGACUUAUUAAUCAAUGAGAAAAAAAGUCCAUCAAUUAUUGAUACUGUUAAGGACUUUGCUCUGCACAAAUAGUGUCUGUGGCCUGUGACUGGCACUCGUAUGGCCUUUUCAGCUUUUCCCAUGGAAAUGUUGUUAAUACUCUGAAUGCUCGUCACAGCUACUAGACAGUGUGGUUUACAUGGCGGACAAAAGACACUACUGUCUGCAGGUGCUACAGAGGAGGAGCAGGACAAAGACCAGGAAAAUAUGCAAAUGCUAGGUUUCUUACCAGCAGUCUGACACAUUGACAAUAAUGACUUGGGCCUUCAUUGACUUCUUCGGCUCAUUCUAUCUUUCCAACUGUCAACUGGUACUUUGCCUGUAACUUGACAUUCGAGGAUCAUUGUUCACACGACCCUUUGAUAUUCAAUUUACCCCAAACACUGCCGCCAAUAGUGCCUCCUCCUCAGUUUGUUGUUCUUCCAGUGAUCUGUCAAACCCUCUGACCCAUAUUCUAGAAUGUCUCAUGAUCUGUCUCUCAGGCACAGGCUUAAACAACACUGGCCAGUCAGAAAUUUGAAAUGAAGUGACAUGAGAUGAUGACUGGAAGGCUGAUUUAAUGCGAUGUUCAAGAAUGCGGGUCUCUGCCUCUUGUUGUAGUGUAAUCAUGGAAUCUAGUCCUAACUGCUGUAGCAAAGCCAUCUCCAGCAAGAAAGCUGCUUCUUCUUAAGCAGAGUUUUUGUUGUAAAUAUAUCAAGAAUAGUUUAUCACAAAGACCUUGCUUUAUUUUCAUGCUAAUACUGUAUGUAAAAUGAAUAAAAAUCACUGAUCUUCCCUCAAUGGUUUGUGAUGUGUAUAUUGCCAGUGGUGUAUUCCAACACUAUUCUGUAAAAAAAACAUCUUUUCAUCAUGUAAAUCCAUAUGAAACUUCACAAAGUGGGUAAAGAUGUUUGCCUUCUUUGCUCUAUCAAUAACUGAAAUCUAGUGCUCGUCUUAGUGUACAAAAAUCGCUUCAGACUAGCGCUUCUCUCAGUUACAUGACAAUUUUUCUGCAAAAUUUGUAUGUGCUUUGUUUAUAUAAGAGAGCUUCAAUCAUGUUUGUUAUAAUUAGAUAGUGUUUUUUUUUUUCUCAAAGAUUUGAUCUUAUCUGUAAUUAUCCUAGGGCGACAUUAUUUAUUGUUACAGGCAAUAAUCACAGUGAUGACUAGGAACCAGGGUGAUGUGCUAUUCUUUACACAUACUUUAAAUACAUUAUUUUAUAAAUAUACAACUGCUCACAUGGUUUCUUAGUUGUUUCAGUGUUUACCAACCACAGCCUCAUACACUUUGUGUAAGAUCUACAAAUAAAGGCUAAUGAAAAUU